ACUGCUUCACAGUUGUGAUGAGUAAACUGUCAGCUAAUCCCAUUCUUGUCUGAACUGUCAAAGUUUUACCCUGCACUUACUAGUUUAAGAUUUAAUUUUGUUUUCACUGCUUUGGUUUAAUUCUUUGUAAAUGCCUAAACCUGUUAUAAUGAUCUUGUCUUUGAGCAGCUGACAUCACAUAAGCUACAAUUAAAAAAUCUGUCUGUCACUGUGCCAGUCAAAGAGAGCUCAUUGUGGGUUUUAGAUGUGCAUGUCCCCAAAUUACCUGAGAUUUUCACUGACUGUCUUCCUCUAUGUAUCUUUCUUAAUGUGUGUUGUCACAGCAGGGAUUUGGUAAAAACAGAAAACCCUCGGUGUUUUAGCAGACUGUAAUGAAUUGAGUGUUGUUUUCCAGUGUUGCAUAAUCUUUCACAGAUGAGGCCAAACUUGAAAAUGUCCCAGCACAACAGAAACGCACACAGACAUAGACAGAUACAGUUUGUACAAAGAAAACAUGACCGCCCACUGACACUCGUGCCAGAAGAGACACACAUGCCUCCCACCUUUUGCCAUGGAGUUUCCCAGUUUAGACAUCACCCUGAGCCACGGAAGGGGAAAAAUCUGGCAUUCUAGAGAGUAAUGAGUUAGAAGAACAGACACGUGUUUGAGGGGGAAAGACAGCUGAUUUGCUGACAUUUUUCCAGAAGCACCCAGAAGAGGUGUUAUUUUGAAGACCAUUAUUUUGUUACAUCUGCCUUGAAUCUGGACACAUUACUCAGUCAUAUUUCAGUACAGCUGUCUAACUUUGACAGAAAACCUGGUGGAGUGUUUUGUUCACAGGAGAUAGCUUCACUGUUUGUGUCAGACUGUAGCUGACAGACUGAGCAGCAUGUCAAAGGAGGUGAAGCCAGAGAGUGUGUCGCUGUCUCCUCUGGGCAUGGCAGCUGCCCCUGAGCAGGAGCCCCUGUGUAUCUUUGGGACGGGGGACUUAGGGCGCUCUCUGGGACAGCGUCUGCUCCAGUCUGGCUACAGGGUGGUGUACGGCAGCCGCAGACCUCACAGCUGUGGCCCCUUGCCUCAGGGAGCUCAGGUGAUGAGCCAUGCAGCAGCAGCCCAGUCAACCAGUCUGGUCAUUCUUUGUAUUCACAGAGAACACUAUGACUUCCUGGAAACACUUGCACCUCAACUCAAGGGGAAGGUGCUGGUGGACGUCAGCAACAACCUUAAGAAGAAUCUAUACCCAGAGGCCAAUGCUGAAUACCUGCACAGGCUGCUCCCUGGAGCUCAUGUGGUGAAAGCAUUUAACACCUUGUCUGCCUGGGGCCUGCAGAAUGGACCCUCAGAUGCCAAUAGACAGGUGUACCUGUGUGGAAACAGUGCUGAGGCAAAGCAGGCAGUAGCAAAGAUGGCCACCAAACUGGGCUUCACUGUUCUGGACCGGGGGUCACUGGCUGCAGCCAGAGAGCUGGAGGACUUCCCCCUGCAGCUGUUCCCAGAAUGGAGGCUGCCACUACGUGUGGCCAUCGGCCUCACCACCUUCUUCUUCUUCUAUGUGAUCAUGAGAGAUGUCAUCUAUGCAUAUGUUGAACAGGGGAAAGACAUCUCCUUCAGAAUCAUGGUGUCUCUGGCCAACAAGGUGUCUCCCAUUGUGUCUCUCAUCAUGUUGUCUCUGUGUUAUCUGCCUGGUGUCAUAGCUGCCUUCCUUCAGCUCUACAGAGGGACCAAGUACAGGCGUUUCCCUGACUGGUUGGAUCGCUGGAUGCUGUGCAGGAAACAGCUGGGACUGCUAGCACUUGGCUUUGCUUCUCUACAUGUGCUCUACACUCUCAUCAUCCCCAUAAGAUAUUAUGUGAGAUUCGGAAUUGCUAAAUUUACCAUCUCACAGAUCAAGGAGAACCGAACAUCAGAGUUUGACACUGACGUGGCCUGGCGUAGUGACUCUUACUUAGCCAUGGGGAUUGUGGGAUUUGGCCUGUAUAUCCUGUUGGGAAUAACCUCUCUUCCCUCCGUCAGCAAUGCUCUCAGCUGGAGAGAGUUCAGCUUCAUACAGUCCAAGCUCGGAUACCUGACACUGUUCUUCUGUACAUUUCACACCUACCUGUAUGGCUGGAACCGGUUCCUUCAUCCCUCUACCUACAAAUGGUACACUCCUCCAGGCUACAUGCUCUGUCUGGUGGUGCCUUCUGUGGUGAUUGUGCUCAAGCUGCUGCUCCUCCUGCCAUGUGUUGACCGCAGCCUCACCCGCAUUCGACAGGGCUGGGAGAGAACUGAUCCAGAGGACGACAGCAACAAAUCACUGCUAACAUAGGACUAUCACAGUUACAGAUACAAAAACAAUGGUAUACACAAAGACACAAUAGUGACCAAGAGCUCUAUCAUCAGGUAACCCCAGCUCAUUGUUUUGGAUGUCAUAGAUCCAAGACUAUAUAAAUACACUUAUUGUUCUGCUCUCUAUUGUCAACAAAGUCAACAGAGAGGUUUUCAUCAGUUAACCAAUACCUUGGACCUACAUAGAGAAUCAUAGACACAUGCAUUAAAGUAGCCGUACUUGCUUUUUAACAUUACUUUGCCUUUGUAAGGUCUUUUCUUCCCCUAGUUUAAUAAUUACACUAUACUCAUGUACAUUCAGUAUUGUUACAGACUCUAACUCCAAGACGGGCAACUUUGUUGUAUGUCCUUUAACAUCAGCAGCAACAGUUUGAACAAUUUUGAUUUUUAUACCUUUGAGUUUUUAAUCAACCUUCAUGUAUAGUAUAUGGUGGCUUAUGUUUAUUGGAUUUACUUCGUAGUUUUUUUCUGUGUAUUUCGAUUUUUGGAUUUAGUUCUCACUGCUUUUCUUAUGUUAUUCCAUAUUAAUGUUCCUAUGUGUCAAGUGUAACCACUGUGAAAUGGUUUUCAAAAUAAAUGUAAGUGUGACUGAA